AUGAAUAUGAUAGCUGAAUUAGUAUUGACGGUAGUCUAUGUUAUAGCAACAGCACUGAUACCGCUUGUGAGCUUAAGCCUUGUCAAGGGAUGUUCUUGGACAUGGUCAUGGACCUCAUGCUCAUGGACAUGGUCGAGUUCAUGGCGCCUACCGUUUCCGACUCUCUCCCUUCAUGAUUCUGCUCUGGGAAGACUGCUCUCUUGCUUCAAUAGCCACAGAAAGAGAAUAAUAUCGGAGUUAGUCAGCGACACUUAUCCUUCUUCUGAUCAGGAACAAGAACCUAGUGAGUUGAAUGAAGAAGAUUUGAGAGUAUUGAUUUCUCAUAUUGAGGAGACUGAUGGCGGUCCACCUUGGAAACUCAUGAUGGAGCAGUCUAUUCCUUCAUUGACAUACAAAGCUUGGUACCGUGAUCCACCGACAGGCCCCCCUCAGUACCGUACUAGAACAGUUUUUGAAAACGUAUCACCGGAGAUAUUGAGGGAUUUCUUCUGGGAUGAUGAAUUUAGACCCAGGUGGGAUAAGAUGCUCAUUCACUCCAAGGUUCUAAGCACUUGCCUCCAAACUGGUACCAUGAUUGUCCAUUGGAUUAGGAAGCUACCACUCUUCUGCAGUGCUCGAGAAUAUAUCAUCAUCCGUCGCAUUUGGGAGUCUGCAACAGGAUAUUAUUGUGUAACAAAGGGAACACCAUAUCCAUCUCUACCAAGGCUAAGAAGACCGAAACGAGUAGAUGUGUAUCAUUCAAGUUGGUGUAUAAGGCCAGUGAAAUCCAGGAAUGCAGAUCAGCAAACAGGAUCAGAAGUGCUUCUGUUUCACUAUGAAGACAUAGGUCUUCCAAAAGAGGUUGUCAAAAUGGGCGUCAGGGCAGGAAUGUGGAACAUGGUAAAGAAACUACAUCUGGGAGUUCAGAUCUACAAUAUGGAAAAGGCAAAUGAUGAAUCCCCUUCAUACUAUGCAAUUAUGGCACACAUUACAACAAAGCUUCCGGCUUCACCAUCGACAAUCAUGUAUCACAUUCCUCAAGUUGAAGCGGAUGAAAAUGCAUGCCAGAACCAAAACCCAGAAGCACAAGCAAUAGAGAGUUCAUAG